AUGAAGCCAUCUUUUCGGAAUACAUCUCCCUCUUUUCGGAAUAGAUCUAAGCCAUAUUUUCGGAAUAGAUCUAAGCCAUAUUUUCGAAAUAGAUCUAAGCCAUCUUUUCGAAAUACAUCUAAGCGAUUUUCCCCAAAUCAGCAGUCUUUUCGAAAACGUCUAUCGACAAUUCGGCCUGGAGAGCAAAUCGAUUAUAAAAAUAUUAGCUUAAUUAAUCGAUUUAUUAGCGAGCAAGGAAAAAUACUAUCUCGCCGAACGAAUCGAUUAGCGUUGAAACAACAACGCUUAAUAGCUAGGGCUGUUAAACAAGCUCGUAUUCUAUGUUUGAUACCUUUUCUUUCUUUAAAAUGA